CUUACUACUACCUCAAUUUGAUUUGUGCCACCACCGUCUUGGCCAAUCUCUAUCUCGGCUAUUGAGAAGCUUGCUGAGAUUGCGAAGCUGUGAAAAGGCAGAAACAUAUACAUCAUUCCGCCUUUGUCUUUGCUCAUUCUCAGCUACUGCGCAAUCCACAUUCCCCUCCCCCUCCUCGACCUGGUCAUCCGCAGCUCUCUCCGUCUGGCACAUCUCCCCUGCAGUUAUGUCAUCCAAUCAUGCCUCUCUUGAUGCCGCUGCGACAGAGCGCAAAGCUCGGCUUGCGAAGCUUGCUGCCCUUAAACGCAAACAGCCCGAACCAGAGCCCGAACCAGAAGCUGGGGCCGCCAACGAUGAAUACGACGAUGCCGCUCCAGACGUGACCAAGCAAUACCUGUCCGGCAGAAACUACGACCCGGAAACUCGUGGACCCAAGCUUGGAUUCGAGCAAGCCCCGAACGAUGGCCAAAUUACUGUGGAAGCCCAAGCUGCGGAGAUCGCCAAAGCAACCGCUGAACAAGCGAAGAAAGAUGCGGAGGAGGACCAACCAAUCGACCUAUUCAAGCUGCAGCCGAAGAAGCCGAAUUGGGAUCUGAAGCGUGACCUGGACGAAAAAAUGAACGUCCUGAAUGUGCGAACCCAGAACGCCAUCGCCAGACUGGUGCGCCAACGUAUCGAAAAUGCGCAGCGGGCCGCGCAAGCCAAGAGCGCAGGGUCCAACAAUCAAGAGGGAGAGGAAGUGGGCAUUGAGGGCGAAAUGCUGGUGGAGGGAAUCCAUGUCCGAGAAAGGGAAGAGGAGGAAGAGGAGCGCAGGGAGCUGGAGGAGGACGGCGCGGCAUAAUCUUGAUACCCUAGGAAUGGUGUACAAUAUGUGGUUGUACGACUCGGUUCUUCUCGUUAUCUAUCAGGCGCUCUUCUGCUGGGGUCAGGGGCAAUAGUCGCAAGGCGUUACGGAAUUUUGCAUAGCAAUACAAUACAUUAUGC